GCAGAAAGGUUACUGGUCACCUUUAGUUUUCGUCUGUGAACCAUGUUCGUACGUUGGACAAUCGCGUGUUCAAUCCAUUGAGGCGAUUCUAUGGAGGGAGAGGCGGAUGUUGUCUCCGAUUCCUCCUCGAAUCCCUGCCAACUCGACCUUGUAAAAGCAUGUCAGUACGGCGUGUUGGACCGAGUUGUGGAGUUGGUGGACGGGCUCGGAUUCGAUGUGAAUGCCCGCGAUUCGGAAGGAAUCACUCCUCUCCACUGGGCCGCCAUCAACAACCGCAAAGAUGUGAUGAACUAUAUGAUUUCGCGUGGAGCAGAAAUCGACCCCGUUGGCGGAGAACUAAGGUCCACUCCUGCGCAUUGGGCCACGCGGCAGGGUCAUCUGACGGCGGUCGUUAUUCUGAUGCGACAUGGUGCGAAUCCCACUUUGAAGGAUGGUGAUGGAAGCACUUGCCUUCAUCUGGCGGCAGAGUUCGGUCACACUGCCAUUGUUGCCUAUCUGGUAGCGAAAGGCGUGAACGUUGAUUUGCUGGAUGGUAACGGAAUGACCCCGUUGAUGCUGUCAAGUCGUUCGAUUUGCAGUCUGGAUCCAACUCGCCUAUUGAUGACUCUUGGAGCAAAUGUAACCCUGCAAGACGAAGUCGAGGGAAACACACCAUUGCAUUGGGCAUUAUUGGCGAAUAACCCUGUAGCCACGACGUUGCUUGCAGACAAAGGUGCACCAUUGGACGUUCGAAACAAUCACGGAGAGUCUAUUUACAAUCUGGCGAGGCGUUUGAACGUCACAAACCACCGUUUAAAAAUCAGAUUAGCCGAGGCAUCAAGUAUGAAUGGUGCGACGACGGCCCGUUCGCGUCGGUGGAAACGUUGGGUCAUGCUUUUGAUUCCCUUCGUUGCACUCUAUGCAGUCGGUGCAAUUUUCCAGGCCUCAGUUGAUUUUCUCCUGAAAAUCGGCUUGCUUAUGGCCUUGUAUUUAUGUGGUUGGGUCGUUUGGAAGGUUGUGUUCGACAAAAAAGUGCUUGAUGAGAUUCCGGUGUCGGUGUAUCUUUCCACGAAGGUAAGCACAAGUACAGUUUUCAUUCGCGCCUUUUCGAGGUUCCACGAUUUUCGUUUUGUUCAUCAGAUAUGGGGUUACCUCACUUGGUCAUUUCGGGUUGCGCCUGCUGUACCCGCUUCGCUAUCGGUUGUAUUCUACAUCGCUGCUACGUUCCAUUCGUACUCCUUCUAUAAAUCAUGGCGGAUGGAUCCUGGACGUGUGCGGUCAAAUAAGGAUACGAAGUUUUUGACGAUCAUAGAGCUUGCGGAAACAACUGGAUUCGAUCCGAAAUGGUUUUGCAGCACGUGCCUUGUACGAAAGCCUGUAAGAUCCAAACAUUGUUCAUUUUGCAAUGUCUGCGUGGCCAAGUUUGAUCAUCAUUGUCCGUGGAUUAAUAAUUGCGUUGGUGCCAACAAUCAUCGGUAUUUUGUCUGGUUUUUGAUGUCUCUGCUGUUUUUGGUGCUUUUCUUCGUUUACGGCUGUUCCGAGUAUUAUGUUGCGACGUGCGACUUGAGUUCGGCUGCAAGUUGGCCGGUCAGCAUUAUACUUGCGUUCCAGUGCGAUCCUUGGGUUGCAUGGAUGAUGUUCAACAUGCUUUUACACGGAAUCUGGGAUAUGUUCCUGCUAACGAGUCAAGUGUACCAAAUAAUCGCCCUGGGGAUGACAACCAAUGAGUCGCUCAAUUGUGGUCGCUACAAACACUUCCAUGUUCAGGGUUCGAUCGUGGAAAGUCCUUUCCAUCGCGGACUGUGGCAGAACUUCGUGGACUUCUGUGGCUUUCGAUGUUUUGGAUGCUGUCGCCCGGAUCAAACGGACUGGAGACAAGUAUACGAGAUCACGGAUAAUUCCCACCAUACCGGUCGUCUGUUACCCGGGUGCACUCCGAAUGACAAAUAUCAGUGUGUUUGAAUUGCCCUGCGAUAAAAAAAGGGCCAAUAUUAGCGAAGCGCGGAAGAGGACGCGGAGCUUUUUCGAUUCAAUUUUUCACGGGAUCGCAUGGUCGAUGGGAAUUUGCCGUCUUGCUUUUAUCGUCCGUUGAAGUGUUCCUGUUCUGUGGCUAUUCCCAACUGAUGUGUUCACGACUUUGUUUGCAUCUUCGGUGUCCCGUAUUAAAGUACACUGUUUCGAUCGUUUUCCACCUGAAAAAUUUGGUUGGUUAAAAGCCAAAGGAGAGCACAACUGAUCAAUGUUGUUGGAUCGUUUUUAUUGCUCAAUCCUGUCUGGUCUAUGAAAUUAUUUCUGAUAAGAGAGAGGAAAAAGCGUUGAUUUCGUCAUGAUUUCAUCUGUUGUAAAGGAAAUUCCUGAUGUUUACUCUCCGUGACGUUUCUUAUCGAUUACUGAUGAGUAGGCGAUCAAUUGAUAAAUUGUUCACGUGAAUCAACGGUUUUUGCCGAAGAUUAACUAAAUCUGACGUCUGUUGAACCAUUAUGAAACUACUCAACACACAGUAGGUUAUUUUCUAUUGCUGCUCUUCGAUGAUUAAGUUGAUCACUUGAACGUUGAACCUGAGCGAUUCGUAAUGCUUAGCCUCGACGGCAGUACUGUAGUUUCAGAACUGAAGAAGGUUGAAUCGAUUCUCCUAUUUUGAAAGUUGGCUGUCAACAUUCGUUCGUAACGAAUCAAAGUCGUGGGAAUUUCCUGCGAAAAAAACAGGUGUAUUUGGCUACGCUGAAAGUUCAAUGGGCUUCUUCGAAGCGAUGGAGCAGAAUUUCGUAUGACAUUGAUUUGUGUCAUCCGCUUUCAAAACGCCGUUGAAAAUGGGUUACUUGCCUUGCUUUUUGUGUGCUAUUCUUUUUCCGAAGGGAGUACUAUUUUUUCCAUAUUUUCUGUAAGUUGGAACGUGGAAGUUGUUGAAAAGAUCAAAAAGCGACGAUAAGUUGGGGAUGGCCGUUUUGUGGUUUUUGUUCGGAAUGUGGGACCUUUCGCACGGUGGAUCUCCGGAAAAUAGCGGAACGAUUGAGGAAUUCUUUUUUUGCUGGGACUGUUAUUCUGUGAAAACCUGGGAAAGUUAUGUUGAUCUCGUGUUGUGCUCCGCGGUAAAUAUUGAGAUCAAGUUUUCUUGUCAUUUGACUCGAGAUUUUAGCCAUUUCAAUUUCAAAGACGUGCAUUGCGUUUCCAGUCUAACGUGAAAGCGACAUCAGUUGCUUUUCAAGCUCAGGAACGCACUAUUGUGGCUUUGUUAUGUAUGCCCUUAUCUACAAUUUUAUGCUCUGUGAUCCAUAAAUCGCUUGUGAUUGUG